UUUUCAAUCCUACCGAAAAGCCGCCACCGCCGCUUCGCAGUUCCGCCCUCGCUCGCCGCGCUCUCCGGUGCCGGGCCACCGAUUUCCGAUCGGCGAAACGCCCCCCACCCCCACUGCAACGCCCAUGACAUGGUGAAUCACCCACGCGGCACUCAUCGAUGGCGCUCGCUGCUGCCGCCCUCGGCUUCUCGUGCGCAUUCUCGCGGGUUUCGCUCUACCGUCAUCGCCCCCUCGUUUUCUGCAUCUCCAAGGUGGGAAGCAGCAGCAGCAGCUGCGCCGUUGGAGUCGAAUCCUCGGGCUUCGUAGAGGAAAAGCGGACGGAAAAUGCUGGUCGUUUGAUCGGAGAGGGUCAGUACGGUGACAGCCGGGCACCUCGAUGGAAGAAGCUGAGUUCUGUGGAGCUUGGCAUCAGAAGUUCGAUGAUUUCGAAGCCCACGAGAGUCGUUCUGAAUGCGUUAAAGAAAAAAGGUUAUGAGGUAUAUCUGGUUGGAGGCUGCGUGCGGGAUCUUAUAUUGAAGAGAACGCCAAAAGACUUCGACAUUAUAACCUCAGCUGAGCUCAAACAGGUACGAAAUACCUUUUCAAGAUGUGAAGUUAUUGGCCGACGAUUUCCAAUAUGCCAUGUACAUGUCGAUGAAACUGUCAUUGAGGUUUCCAGCUUUAGCACCUCUGGAAGGAACUCUUUUGGGGGGCUCAGAAACAAUGUCAAGAGACCUCCUGGCUGCUGUGAACGGGAUUAUGUGCGAUGGAAGAAUUGCCUAAAGCGGGAUUUCACGGUCAAUGGAUUAUUCUUUGAUCCCUAUGCAAAGAUAAUAUAUGAUUAUGUUGGGGGAAUGGAGGACAUUAAGAAAGCUAAAGUGCGAACAGUAAUACCUGCAAAUCUUUCAUUUGUGGAAGACUGUGCUCGCAUUUUACGUGCAUUUAGAGUCGCAUCCCGUUUGGGAUUUCGUUUCACUAGAGAAAUAGCUCUUUCUCUGAGGGUCUUAUCCCGUUCUGUAUUGAGACUCGACAAGGGUAGAAUUCUCAUGGAGGUGAAUUAUAUGUUGUCAUUUGGAUCUGGGGAAGCUUCUUUGAGAUUGCUAUGGAGAUUUGGACUUCUAGAAUUGCUUUUGCCCUUCCAAGCAUCAUACUUUGUUUCCCAACGUUUCAAGAGACGUGAUAAAGGAUCUAACUUGCUCCUGUCAUUGUUUGCCAGCCUUGAUAAAGUGGUGGCACCUGAUCGGCCAUGUCAUAGUAGCUUAUGGUUAACUAUAUUGGCAUUUCAUAAGGCUCUUGUUGAUAAACCACGGGACCCUUUGGUUGUUGCUGCAUUCAGCCUUGCUCUCCAUAGUGGUGGUUCUUUGUUAGAAGCUAUAGAAAUAGCAAGAGGAAUCAAUCAACCACAUGACUCCAGUUAUCUGGAGCUUCGAGAAUCUCCGGUGCUUCACUCAAAACUUGCAAUGAGGGAUGAAGUUAUUGAUCUUGCUGCAUCAAUCAAGGAUGUAUUAUUUAAGAUCACUUGUGCACGUUAUGUUUCCCAAGCAAUGAGCAUGUACCCCCAAGCACCUCGCACUGAUUUGGUUUUUAUUCCGGAGGCCUUGCUACAGAAAGCGUGCAGGAUAUUUGAUUGUGUCAGAAGGGGCAUGGAGAGGGGAACUGUGCCUAGACAGUUAAAAAUUGACUAUGAUUCCCUGUCAUCGGGGAGCUUGCAAGAGGUUCGUCGUACAUUGGCAAGAAUUGUUUUCGACACAGUGUAUCCAAAAGAGAGACAAGAACGUUCUUGAGGUACAAAGCUCUGUUUCUUCUGUUAUUUUCUCCUCUGGAAUGGUAUCUGUGGACAUUAGUUCUCAGUGGACCUUCAAAAGAAACUCAAAGUAGUAGGUGACAGAUUGCAAGUUGCUGGAAAGGGCAUUGCGGUGCCCGAGGCUCCCACAUCAUAUGGCAAGUUUAUGUCAAAGAAUAGAUUUGUCUUCUGCAUCUAAAGUCCAAAUUCAUGAAAACUUUGCGGAUGUUGGUAACCUCCAAAGGAUUGGAAUAAAGAUGCGGUGGUUCAGCAUUAAGUGGUUUGCAAAAGAAUAGUGAUCAUUCCCCCUAUUAGAUGCUCCCAUGGAGAAUGCUGAGAGUGGAUAGAGAAACAAAGCAUCACUGUAACAUCUUUUCCAGUGGACAAGUCAUGUAAUUUCAUAUGGUUCUGUUACACUGUUAUCGCAUCGAAUGUGAGCUGUCCAUUAUAAUAGUUAGAAGAACAUUGCUAUGUACCCUCUUUCUUUCAUGUUCCCCUUCUCCCUGAUGUGAAUCAGUGCAGGUCUAGAUGAAUUUUUGUCCUCAGUGUACACAAGGAUUUGUAAUGUAAAAAUAGCGAAGAUGUUGAGAGAAUGUUCCGCUACCAGAUACUAAAUCAGUAAAGCUGUCUCCAGAAAGGAAGAUGCCA